AUGUAUAAUGGCAUUGGAUUAACAACUCCGAGAGGAUCAGGAACUAAUGGCUAUGUUCAAAGAAAUUGGGCCACGGUGAGGAAAACCAAGGAUUCUGUGAAUUAUCGGACUGAAGAAGAGAUUGCAAAGUUGGAUUCAUCAUCAAACAAGCAGCCUAACCGUGAAAUACUUGAUCAUGAAAGGAAGAGGAAGAUUGAAGUAAAAUGUGCAGAGCUUGAGGAUAGCCUGGAAGAACAGGGGUUGCCAAAGGAAGAGAUAGCGGCGCGUGUUGCCGCCUUCAGAGCGAAGCUUUCUGAAUCGAGCAGUGGAGACAAAGACGUGCCCAGGGACGAAUUUGGAAGGGUAACCGUUCGCGAAACGCACGCAGUCGCUGAAGCGCAACAAGAGAAGAACGCAAGGCUCCGAGAUGCGUUUGGUAUAUCGCCGAGGUUCGUGGAGGGGACCAGCUUGGACCCAGAGCGUCGCGCAAGGGAGGAGGCGAAGCGAUAUCCGCUUGUGAGAACACCUAGUCACGAAAAAGAAGAACGGGAUACGCAUGUGUCAAAAAAGAAAAAGAAACGAAGUGCAUCGCCAGAGUCAAAGAAAUCUAAGAAGAAAAAGUCCAAGAAGAAUAAGAAAGAGAAACAGGUGACACUUCAAUUGACAAAAAGUCAAAGAAAAAUGUUGUGGAAGUACAUGUGUAGACAAGAAACCAGCAAGAAGAAGAAGAAACGCUCGAAGUCUCCAAAUUCCGACAGCUCGGGCAGUUCCGAUGCCGGCCAAGACAGUGAUUCCGCUAGCACUGAGGAUGAAAAGCAGAAGAAAAAGAAAAAGAAGAAGUCGAGUGUCCGACGUCGAGCAAGCAGUGAGCGAUCCAGCCGCGCGAGUUCUCCAGUAAAUGAAGCGAAAGAUGGACACAAAGAACGCAGAAAGGAGCUCAAAAUGGACAAUGCAAAGGGUAAAAGGAAAGAAAGCGAACGCGAUGAAACACGAUCACACAGUCGUUACCCGGAAGCGACUAGGAAUUCAAGAGCUGAUGAAUCAAGAAGGCGCGAAGACCGCAGCUUGUCUAAUGAAAACCGAAGGCAAUCACCGGAAUACAGACAAAAAUCCCACGUCACCAAAAUUGCUAACAAAAAGCGCGAACCCUCUCGAGACAAUACCGAAAGAGCUAAACCAUCAAAACGCGAUCGUCCAAAAUCUGUUUCAGAUUCUGAUGAAGAACCAACCCCUAGAAACAAAGUGGAUAAAAGAGAUAAAAAACAAUACCAAAGAGAAAUUAGCGAGUCCCCGCCGCCUUCUAAAAGGAAGAGAAAAAGUCCUUCCAUUGAGAACCGAAGAAAUGACGCGUAUCAUAAAUACGCUCAUCACGAUAGUGACAGACUCCGAAGGGAGGAUUCUCGAGACGAAAUCAAGUUGCACCGGAGAAGUAAAUCGCGAGAGUACAGAAAUAAUAGAAGACAGGAAGACAGUAUCGGAAGAAAUAAAGAUGAAAUAUAUAACAGUAAGAAAUAUAACGACAGACGAGAACCAUCAAGACAUAGAGACAGUUACGAGGAACAGCUGAGGACCAAGAAAACUAGGGCUAGCCCUAGAGUCCAACGAGAUUCAUCCCCUGAAUGCUAUGAUCCUCCACAAAAUAAAGAUAAGAGAAUAAAGCCUGUAUCUAAAGAGCCAGAACGAUAUUACAAAAAUUUUAAAUCCGCAAAACGAUCAUCCUCAUUGGAGUCGGAACCAGAGUCGCCACCUACACAAAGGCCAGAGAAAGUAGUGCAAAGUAAACUUCGAUAUUAUAAAGAUAGAAGUGUGUCGCCGCUCGUUAGAGAAAAGAGCAGAAUUAGUCCAUCGCCUGUACGUAGAAGACAUGAUUCGUCAUCAGUAAAAAGACAAAGUUCCCCAUCACCAAAAAGGUAUAAUUCGUCACCGUUGAGACGCGAUUCGCCACAACCAAGAAGACGUGGUUCGUCGCACUCAAGAAAACGCGAUGAAUCACCGAGUAAAAGACGCGAUUCGCCGAUAAGAAGGCGCGAUUCCUCACCGCUAAGGCGCGAUUUGUCGCCUCUAAGAAGGCGCGAUUCGUCGCCUGUAAGGCGUGAUUUGUCGCCUCUAAGAAGGCGCGAUUCGUCGCCUGUAAGGCGUGAUUUGUCGCCUCUAAGAAGUCGCGAUUCGUCGCCUCUAAGGCGCGAUUUGUCGCCUCUAAGAAAGCGCGAUUCGUCGCCUCUAAGAAGGCGCGAUUCGUCGCCAGUAAGAGGACGCAAUUCGUUACCGCUAAACAGGGAUGAUUCUUCGUCACCACGAAGGCGUGGUUCAUCACCGUUCAGAAGACGAGAUUCGUCGCCGCCAAGAAAGCGCGGUACUUCUCUACACCGAAAACACGAAUCAUCACCAAGAAGGCGCGAUAGAUCACCAUCACGAAGGCAUGAAUCUUCCCCACCUAGAAAACAGUCUUCACCACCACCGAAAAGUAGAGAAGAUAAAUAUAAAGCACUGUCCAAACCCGUAGACAAACGUGGUAACAGCCGGUCUAAGAGAAAGUCUCCAACUCCCGAUGAAAGGCACAGCCAUAAUAAUCAAAGUAGGUCUAGGUCACCAUCACCACCCAAAAAGAGCAGUAUGAAGGGGAAAGAAAAAAGUAACACACCAAUGCGAAAAGGUAGAAAACUGCAAGAAAGACGUUCUUCGUCUCCAAAGAUAGACAACAGAGAUAAACGCGAAAAAGAUCGUAGAGAUUCUCACAAGGACCGAUCGAGAUCGCAUUCGAAGCAAAGAAGCAGAAGCACAUCGAGCCUAAGUUAUUCCCCGGCAAGGCGGAGUCCCGAACGAUACAGAGAUAUAAUUGAAACACUACCAGAAAAAGACAAACGUAAAUACAUCAAAUCUCCAUCAGACUUACAACCUAAAAGAAAGAAGAAUAAAGAGAUUGUUGAAAACUAUAAACCCAAGGCUGUUUGCAUGAGAAGUUCAUCCAGCGAGAACGAAGACUCUGAAGAUGACUUCUUAAGGUUAGAUGAAAGGGCUAGACAGGACGAGUUAGACAUCAAAGAAUUAACCAGGUUAAAAGAGAAACUAGCCCAAAUGGCCAAAGCUUCUAUAGAGAAAAAGAGGACUGACGAUGCUAAUGCUUCUACAUCGCAAGCAAGUAGCGAUGUGAAAUUAGUGGAAGAAAGGACGAGGAAAAUUAGUACCUUAGCAGAAAAGACCAUAGAAAAAUCACUACAACAGAAUCAUAAAAGCCCGGAGAAGUCCAGCCCAGUGAAGGAAAAGAGUCCAGUAAACAUAGAAAGUUCUCCAGAACUAAAGAGAGGGAGAAGUAGAUCCCGAAGUUGGUCGAGAUCCUCGUCGCGUCGUUCUCGUUCACGUUCACGAUCAAAGUCCAGGUCGCGCGAAAGAUCACGAUCCCGUAAGAAAUCUCGCUCUCGUGACAAAUCCCGUUCUCGGGAGAAAUCUCAUUCGCGGGCGAAAUCGCUCUCUCGGGACAAAUCGCAUUCUAGAGGCAAAUCUCACUCCCGAGACAAAUCCAAUUCCCGUGAUAAAUCCCGUUCUCGAGGAAAAUCGUCACGGUCUCGAUCAAGAUCACGUUCGCGAUCAAGAUCGUCGCGUUCAAGGUCCCGGUCUUAUUCUUCUUCAAGGCGAUCACGAUCAAGUCGUUCCAGUUCUUACAGCAGUAGAAGUUCGUCUCGAACUUCACGUAGCUCUUCCAGAUCCACGCGAUCAUCUAGAACAAUGACGGGCGUGUACGCCGAUUACCGUAGAUCGAGCGCCACGCGCGGCCGCACGCGCUCGCGCUCGCCCUCCAUCCCGCGCCGCGCCGGCUCGCCCAGUUUCCUUGAUAGGAGGCGCAUCACGAGGUACGCGGCACCCACGCUCCGCACCUACAGUGCUUUACGUCUUAAUGCAACGGAUUUAGCUCCAUUUUAA